CAAAUCCAAACCCAUCCAUCUCAAACUCAAAUACCGUCACAAAGCCCACCUACCGCAUCCCUCUCUCUCCCUCUCUCUCUCUCUCUCUCUCCCCGCCGUCAAGUUCCCAACACGAAGAAACUUUUGCUCCAAAUCUCCGAGGAUCUCUCUCCAGCAUUGCCGUUCGCCCUUGAACCCUCCAUGUUUUUCGCUCUAAUCAUCUUCUUAUUCUACUUCACCACGCUCUAGAAAAGCUAGGGUUUGUUUCUCGACUCUCCUCCAAUGGUUUUGUCUUAGACAAUGGCGGCUAGUUCGAGAGGCUUGUCAUCGGCUCCAUUCGGACUGAAACUGAAGAGACUUGACCUGUCUCUCCUGCACCGCCACGGACUGGAGUUGAGGAAGCGGCGGAGGAGGUUUCCUGGCCGUGAUUUGACGAUUGAUUGCUGUUGUUCCGACUCCGGGGUUUCGAUUCCGAGAGCCACUGGGGCUGGGAAGAGUGUCGAAAAGGCUAACGACUGGCUUUUCGAUCCCAAGAAGAUCCCUCACGGGGUUCGGAUCCAAGCUACACCUGCAUUGCCCUUUGCGUCCUCUCAGUCUAGGUUUGUGUCCAAACAGGAGAAGUUCUAUCCACGAUGUACCCCAAGAAAUUCUGGUCCACAGUCCCGUGAUACCCCACCUAAACGAGACACUGGUAUUGCAAAUGAGAAGGAUUGGGGCAUCAGUCUGUUCAAUGAAAACGUCAAUGAGUCUGGCAUCAAUGAAGAUGGCAGCACUUGGUAUCGAGAAAGUGGAGAGGACCUUGGAGAAAAUGGAUACAGAUGUCGAUGGACAAGGAUGGGUGGUCAAAGUGAUGAUGGCUCAUCGGAAUGGAAAGAAACGUGGUGGGAGAAAAGUGACUGGACGGGAUACAAAGAGCUAGGUGUGGAAAAAUCAGGAAGGAAUGCAGAGGGGGAUUCGUGGUGGGAAACAUGGCAAGAAGUUCUUCACCAGGAUGAAUGGAGUAACCUAGCUAGGAUAGAAAGGAGUGCCCAAAAACAAGCUAAAUCAGGCUCAGAAAAUGCUGGAUGGUAUGAGAACUGGUGGGAAAAAUAUGAUGCCAAAGGCUGGACUGAGAAAGGGGCUCACAAGUAUGGCAGACUGAAUGAACAGUCUUGGUGGGAAAAGUGGGGAGAGCAUUAUGAUGGAAGAGGAUCUGUUCUAAAAUGGACAGACAAGUGGGCUGAGACUGAACUUGGAACCAAAUGGGGAGACAAAUGGGAAGAGAAGUUUUUUGCUGGUAUAGGUUCACGACAAGGGGAGACCUGGCACGUGUCACCCACUGGCGAUCGUUGGUCUAGGACGUGGGGCGAAGAGCACUUAGGGAAUGGUAAGGUGCACAAAUACGGUAAGAGUACAACAGGUGAAAGCUGGGAUAUUGUCGUUGAUGAGGAAACUUACUACGAGGCUGAGCCACAUUAUGGAUGGGCAGAUGUGGUGGGCGAUUCAAGCCAACUGCUAUCCAUCGAACCUCGAGAGAAGCCACCGGGUGUAUACCCAGAUAUUGAUUUUGGUUCAUCUCCAUCUUCUCCUCCUCCUCCUCCUCCGCGGCCACCGCCGCCGCCAGGCGAUGUUCCACCAGGCAUGUCUUCCCCCUCCUCAGAAUGAAAACCUUGUGUGUCAAAUGGUAUUUGUUUGUAGGUAGUCUUUUAGAGGUAUUGUUGAGGUCAAUUAGUAAUGGAUAAAAACCCCUCCUGUAAAACAAUUUGACAGUCAUUGUUCUUCAAUCCUUAAUUCAUUCUUUAAGAUAUCUUUACGGAUUUC